AUGAACAGAAGUAUGGAGGCACACGCGUUUCUUGUAAAAAAAGGAUUUAAAGUCAAAUCCUUUGGAACUGGUGAAAAAGUUAAAUUACCUGGAACUUCAGCUGAUAGACCCAAUUGUUACGAGUUUGGAAUUGCAUAUGAUGAUAUUUAUAAUGAUUUAUUAGAAAAAGAUAAAUCUUAUUAUACUCAAAAUGGUCUGUUACAUAUGCUUGACCGGAAUCGUAGGAUCAAACCUUGUCCUGAGAAAUUUCAAGCAUCUAAUGAAAUAUUUGAUGUAGUUAUAACAUGUGAAGAACGAGUUUAUGACCAAGUUAUUGAAUGGUUUGUCUCUAGAAAAACAGUUUGUAACCAGCCGGUUCAUAUUAUCAACAUUGAUAUUCAAGAUAAUCAUGAAGAAGCAACUAUUGGUGCAUUUCUUAUAAGUGAUAUGGUUACUAAGAUGUCUCAAAGUGACGAUUUGGAUAAUGAUAUUGAUGAGCUGUUACAUGAGUUUGAAUCAAAAUGUCAUAGACCAAUAUUAAAUAGCAUAAUGUUUUAUUAA